GUGAAGCAGAGCCCGGCCUCACGCGCGCUGGAGGACCACCUCUUGCGAGCCAGAGUUCUUUCCCCUUCUUCUCGCCCUGCUCCCCUCCUGCCCUGCCCUGCCGGCCCACUACGAUGCAUUCUUGAGUGGCAACGUCUGGACUCCAGGCAGCCCCAGAGAAGCGAAGCAAGCCCAGGAGAGAGAGAGAGAGAGAGAAAGAAAGAGAGAGAGAUUGAGGACUGGAGCCGAGACACAGUGGUGGCGGAGCUUGGAUGCCUGGCUUUCUUUGAGGACAUCUUUGGAGUGAGGGUGGCUUUGGGGUGGGGGGUUGUGCUGCAGGGAAACCAGCCAGGCCCCAAGAUGGACACUUCUGGGCACUUCCAUGACUCCGGGGUGGGAGACCUGGAUGAAGACCCCAAGUGCCCCUGUCCAUCUUCUGGAGAUGAACAGCAGCAACAGCAGCAGCAACUGCCCCCGCCACCGCCUGCGCCCCCAGCAGCCCCCCAGCAGCCCCUGGGACCCUCGCUGCAACCCCAGCCUCCUCAGGUCCAGCAGCAGCAGCAGCCACCGCAGCAGCCGCCGGCACCACCACCACCACCACCACCGCCGUCGCAUCCCCUGUCUCAGCUCACUCAACUCCAGAGCCAGCCCGUCCACCCCGGCCUGCUGCACUCCUCUCCCACGGCUUUCAAGGCCCCCCCUUCGGCCAACUCCACCGCCACCCUCCACCCUUCCUCCAGGCAAGGCAGCCAGCUCAAUCUCAAUGACCACUUGCUUGGCCACUCUCCAAGUUCCACAGCCACAAGUGUGCCUGGUGGAGGCAGCCGGCACCGGCAGGCCAGCCCCCUGGUGCACCGGAGGGACAGCAACCCCUUCACGGAGAUUGCCAUGAGCUCCUGCAAGUACAGCGGCGGGGUCAUGAAACCCCUCAGCCGUCUGAGCGCCUCCCGGAGGAACCUCAUUGAGGCUGAGCCCGAGGGUCAACCCCUGCAACUCCUCAGCCCCGGCAACCCCCCGGAGAUCAUCAUCUCCUCCCGGGAGGACAACCAUGCCCAGCAAACCCUGCUCCACCACCCCAACGCCACCCACAACCACCAGCAUGCCGGCCCCGCUGCUGGCAGCACCACCUUCCCCAAAGCCAACAAGCGGAAAAACCAAAACAUUGGCUAUAAGCUGGGACACAGGAGGGCCCUGUUUGAAAAGAGGAAGAGACUGAGUGACUAUGCUCUGAUUUUUGGGAUGUUUGGAAUUGUUGUUAUGGUGAUAGAGACCGAGCUCUCUUGGGGUUUGUACUCAAAGGAUUCCAUGUUUUCGUUGGCCUUGAAAUGCCUUAUCAGUCUGUCCACCAUCAUCCUUUUGGGUUUGAUCAUCGCCUACCACACACGUGAGGUCCAGCUCUUUGUGAUCGACAAUGGCGCAGACGACUGGCGGAUAGCCAUGACCUACGAGCGCAUCCUCUACAUCAGCCUGGAGAUGCUGGUGUGUGCCAUCCAUCCCAUUCCAGGAGAGUACAAGUUCUUCUGGACGGCGCGCCUGGCCUUCUCCUACACGCCAUCGCGGGCCGAAGCGGAUGUGGACAUCAUCCUAUCCAUCCCCAUGUUUCUGCGCCUCUACCUGAUUGCGCGCGUCAUGCUGUUGCACAGCAAGCUGUUCACGGACGCCUCCUCACGCAGCAUUGGGGCCCUGAACAAGAUCAACUUCAACACCCGCUUUGUCAUGAAGACCCUCAUGACCAUCUGCCCCGGCACCGUGCUGUUGGUCUUCAGCAUCUCGCUGUGGAUCAUUGCUGCCUGGACUGUCCGCGUCUGCGAAAGUCCUGAAUCACCAGGCCGGCUCUCUCGCUCAUCACUUCCUGCUUGGUACCAUGACCAGCAGGAUGUAACUAGUAACUUUCUGGGUGCCAUGUGGCUCAUCUCCAUCACAUUCCUUUCCAUUGGUUACGGGGACAUGGUGCCCCACACAUACUGUGGAAAAGGUGUCUGUCUCCUCACCGGCAUCAUGGGAGCAGGCUGCACUGCCCUCGUGGUGGCCGUGGUGGCUCGAAAGCUGGAACUCACCAAAGCUGAGAAGCACGUUCACAACUUCAUGAUGGACACUCAGCUCACCAAACGGAUCAAGAAUGCCGCCGCCAAUGUCCUUCGGGAAACGUGGCUCAUUUACAAACACACAAAGCUGCUAAAGAAGAUUGACCAUGCCAAAGUCAGGAAGCACCAAAGGAAGUUCCUGCAAGCGAUCCACCAACUGAGGAGCGUCAAGAUGGAGCAGAGGAAGCUGAGUGACCAAGCCAACACCCUGGUAGACCUCUCCAAGAUGCAGAAUGUCAUGUACGACUUGAUCACAGAGCUCAGCGAUCGCAGCGAGGACCUAGAGAAGCAGAUCGGCAGCCUGGAGUCCAAGCUGGAGCACCUCACGGCCAGCUUCCACUCCCUGCCCCUGCUCAUUGCGGAUGCCCUGCGCCAGCAGCAGCAGCAGUUGCUGGCUGCCAUCAUCGAGGCUCGGGGCGUCAGCAUGCCAGUAGGCACCACCCACGCCCCACUCUCCGAAAGCCCGAUCGGGGUCAGCUCCACGUCCUUCCCGACCCCCUACACAAGUUCCAGCAGUUGCUAAAUAAAACCCCCCUCUCCAGAAGCUGUUA